CUAUGAUUCUGUGAUGACCUGAAGGCAAGUAGUGCUGAGGCUGUGCAUCCAGCUGGGGACAUCUGCUGCCCCAGGAGAUCCCAGGCAUCGGCGCCUUGGCCAGAUGGCUCAGAGGGGAUGGGUAAAUUUACAACUCCAUGUAUAAUUUGCUGUAAUACUUGCUAAAAUAAGGAAAACAAAUGUGCAUGGCCAGCAAGCGAGGGCCAGAGGGAUCAGGCAGCUGUGUGCCUACCCUGCCCUCCCCACUGGGUGCACCUCCCGACCGCCGGGGGUGGAACGGCCCGGUUCGGCUCUGCCCGGCCGGGGGCGGCUGGUCAGGAUGCGAGGAGGCCGGGGAGCUGCCCGCGGCCGAGCCGGGGUUUCAUCACCGGAGUCGAGCCCCGCCUCUCCCGCGGCCCAUAAAGGUCCGGCGGGGCGAGGCCGACACCCAUACGGCUCUAGCCGCUCCACUGCAACCGGCUGCCGCCUCUUCCUCUCUUGCUUCCUCCUUCUCUUCUCUCCCCGGGACGAGAGGGCGAUGGACGCCAGAUGCCUGCGGGUCAGCAGCCUGCUACUCUUCCUCGGCUACCUAUUGCAAGCAGUCCUGGGCACAACAGUGAUCCCAUUAUGCGGGCCUGGUGAGAUGGAGAACUGCACAACAGCACUAAUCCAGACAGAGAACAGUCCACGUGUGGCUCAAGUUGGGAUAACUAGAUGCAAGCCUGAAAUGAAGGACUACUGCUUCCAUGGGCAGUGUGUGUACAUAGUGGAUUUGGAUGAACACUACUGCAGGUGUGAUGUAGGCUUCUCUGGUGUCCGAUGCGUGCAUUCAGAAUUGGUCAGACAGCCCCUCAGUAAGGAGUAUGUGGCACUGACGGUUAUUGUAGUUCUGCUUUUCCUCAUCGCCAUCUCCAUUGCAAGCUACUACAUCUGCAGAAGGUACCGAAACAAGAAGAGACAAAUGAACACCAGUGAAUACAAGGAAGUUGGUACCCUGUAGAAGAUAUGAUGGCUUCCUACAGUGUUCUGUUCAUCUGGAUGGACUCACUGACUUCUCAUCUAUUUAAAUGUUAUUUUUAUUAACAAUAUUUACAAUAUUUAUACCUUUGUAAAAAAUUCAGUUGCUUGGUGAUCCAAUCAGUAUAGGUCAAGCAUUUUAUUUUCAGUGUUUUAUUUUUUUAUUAAAUAUUAUUUCCUCAUGAGAACCCCACCUUGGUGGUUCUGUGGGAUAGAGAUAUAUUUUUAUAAAAACUCAUCUUCUUACUCUGAAGAGUAAUUUUAUAUUUAUUCUUGUGAAUAUGCUCAAAACAAUUCUGCUCCUUGAAAUAAAAGUUGUAGACCAAGUCAAA